AUGUAUUAUAAUCUCAGCUUUCAUCAGAGUCUGGUCACUGGGAAGACAACAGAUGUACAGCGCAUUGAUGUGAACGAGCGGAUCAUUGCCCUUGAGAGACUUAAUCCGACACCUCGACCCACAACGUCUCCCUAUUUGGAAGGUCUAUGGAAUUUUGAGUGGUUUGGAACUGCAAGCCCGGUGUUCUUGGCUACCAGACUUAUAUUUGGGAGAAUUCCUCCAACAUUGGCAAAUUUAUCAAAAUUAGAUCUGCUAAUCAGGAAUGGAUAUGGAACUGUUAUUGCGCAUUUGAAAUUACUGAAUUCGAUCGAAAAUAAAUUUGUUCUCUCCAGCAAGUUUUCUGUUGAGGGUCCUCUUCGAAUGAAAGAGGAAUAUGUUGAAGGGAUAUUUGAAACUCCGAAAGUAAAAGAGGAUACCGUGCCUGAGCAACUAAAGGGUGCUUUGGAUCAGGCUGUUAACACUCUCCAGCAACUUCCUGUUCCCAUCAGAGACACUGUGUCCCGUGGGUUGAAAAUUCCUCUCGGCGAGGCGUUUCAAAGACUUAUUAUGAUUUCUUACCUUGACGAAGAGAUCCUGAUAGUAAGGAAUACUGCAGGAGAACCCGAGGUUCUAACAAGGUUGGAUGCGGCCCCUUUUCCAGAACCAAUAUCUGAUUACGAGAGCUGAGAGAAAUGGGGAGCUCAAUUUCUUUGAAAGAACCGGUUCAUUUCUUUCAUCACUUUAUAGCUGUAUUUAGCAUCUACUUAACUUUAUACAUAAGUAUCAUCAUCCUACCCACCUUUUU